CUGGAACUUCUUCUGUUGUUCAAAAAAAAUGGAAGUCUCUGCAGUCCUCAGCACAGCAACGAGGGCUGGGACAGUCAACAAAGUCAAAGAUCAGUGCUGUGGCAGCUGAAAUAAAACAGAUUCGUGCAAGAAGGAAAACAGCACGUAUGCUAAUGGUUGUCCUCCUGGUUUUUGCACUUUGCUAUCUGCCAAUUAGCAUCCUCAAUAUCUUGAAAAGGGUUUUUGGGAUGUUUAAUCAUGCUGAUGACAGAGAAACCGUAUAUGCCUGGUUCACAUUUUCACACUGGCUUGUAUAUGCAAACAGUGCAGCCAAUCCUAUUAUUUAUAACUUCCUCAGCGGGAAGUUUAGAGAAGAAUUUAAAGCAGCGUUUUCUUGUUGCGUCUUUGGUAUUCACAGUCACCAUGAUGAACGACUCACAAGAGGUCGUGCCAGUACAGAGAGUCGAAAAUCUUUGACCACCCAGAUCAGCAAUUUUGACAAUGUUUCAAAACAUUCAGAACAUGUUGUACUGACCAACAUAAACACACUUACGGCAAAUGGAAUUACAGCUACAUUCAGCCCUUUGAAGUCAAUGGAACUGCAUCUCCACAUACCAGGAGUGAACAUGUCUUCAAAUUUAGAUGAAACAGUGAGAAUUUCUGCAGGAUGCACUGGCAACACAGAGAAUGCAGAAUGGGAUAAAUUUGUCCCUAGUGUAACUAAACUUACCUCAAUGGAAUUACAGCAAGGAUGACUUUGGCUCAAUACAGCUGAGAAUGGCAUUUGUUUUUAGCUGUGUUACAGACUAGAACAACUGGACAAAAGGAUUCCUGCAAAACGACUGCCUCUUCUACUUCUUCUCAGUCUUAUGGAAACCUACUUACCUCAGUAUGAGCUAAGCAACGUCUUUACAAGUCUUUUUAAAGAGUGGAUUGUAUCAUACUUUGUAAAUACUGUAGAUAUUUAUUUUUAUAUAUUUUAGAUGCUGUGGAAUGUUCUAAAAUGUACCAUAUAAAGAAUACUACGUAUUUGAAAGAAGUCUCAAAUAUUUAUUUAUAUCCUGUUUCUAUUAAUUAAUGACUUAUUUACAAGGAAUACUUAUGCACUAGUGGUAUUCUGGAAUUACUUUGCACUUCUUUUUCUGCUAUUCCACUUGUAGUAAAUUCUGUAUUAAGGAAGUUUCACUUCAGAUUGAUUUUGGGAGAUUCCAGACUACUUUUCUAAGCACAGACAUGCUUCUGAGACAUGAAUUCGAAGUGCUGAAAGUCACAUAUAUUUUCAAAGGUUACACUAAAUAGCCAGUCUCUUUUUCUUCAGGUGAGUGCCUAAAAGGUAAUUACUUAAAAAAAAACUUGCAUGACGUUCAAAGGUGCUAUUCCUACUCAGGCCACUAGGAAUAACAAGUAUCAGCACUUCUGAAGAACUGGACAUUUUAGCUUUGGUAACUCCUUUUAGUCCAUAAUGUCUGCAAGUGCUACUCCAGAAGAUCUCCAAAUACUCUUAAAAUAGAAAACACUGGUUAUUUUGCUUGCUCUCACAGUUUAUCUUUCAUCUGCCAUUUAGCAUCAAUGAUACAAACAUUUAACAAUUUUAUGUGCCAAGAAAAUGUUGAUUUUUGAACAACUAAAAUAAAGUAUUUCUCUCUGGAAAUUUAGAGGAGAUAUUUCAUUGCUCUAGCAGAUGAAGUACUCA